AUGGAGCUACCCUCCAUGCACAAGAAAAACUUUAGAGAAUUGAGACAAAUUGUGGAUGGCGCGUCCAAACAUGUAAACGCCUUUAAGGCAUUAAAUCGCCCGACUACGCACUGGGAUGAUUUACUUGUAUUCGUUUUAAGUUCUAAGCUCGAUACGCUCACAUUGCGAGAAUGGCAAACUUCCUUGACGGGAACCGAGAUUCCGACUUUCAAGCAGCUCGUCGAGUUCAUCGCGCAUAGGUGCCAAGUUCUAGAGGCCACCGGUAAAGCUAGUGUUGCUCUAACGAAGAGCCCCAACGCACGUGCUCAUGCAAAUGGAAAACCACAAGCCGCGUGCGUAGCGACACUAAAAUUUAAAUGCAGUUAUUGUAAAGGUGAGCAUUUGAUAUACCAUUGCAAGGACUUUUUGGGUCUGGACAUUUCACGUAGGAACGCAGAAAUUCGGAAGUUAAAGAUAUGUCUCAAUUGUUUACGCUCCACGUCACAUACCGCGAACAAGUGCACAUCGGGCAACUGUAGAGUAUGCAAAGCCAAACAUGAUACCCUGCUGCAUGCUGUGGUUCCUGCCGACACGCCUAACUCCGGCCAGGAGAAACCCGAAGAUUCAAGUUCCACGGCGUCGCCAAUCACGCUGGCUACCCACGUAUCGCGUCCUCCUGACAACAAGUAUGCCAUGCUUUUAACAGCCGUCGUAUAUGUGUAUGAUAGCAAGAAUUUACCAAUGCCAUGCCGCGUGUUACUAGAUUGCGGUUCACAGGCGAAUUUCAUUUCGAAGAGUUUUCUGUCUAACCUCGGUCUGAAACCGCGUUCCCUAAAUAUAUCCAUUUCGGGUAUAAACGGCGCGACUACUAAGUCUACGCAGACCGUCCGAUUGAGAAUGCGAUCACGCACGAAUUGGUACACAUUCGAUAUAGAAUGCAUCGUGACAGAUCAAGUCACGGACAAGCUCCCAUCGUUCAACCUCAAACGAACCGAUUUCAAUCUUCCUCGCAACUUACAGCUCGCUGAUCCCCGAUUUCAUCAGUCUGCUGACGUCGACGCCCUUAUCGGCGCAGAUCUGUUCUGGGAUUUAAUCUGUGUGGGUCAGGUUAAAGCAUCACAGACGCAUCCGACACUGCAAAAGAUUCGUUUAGGAUGGAUUCUGGCAGGUCGACCGAGCAAUCCCCCCACAUCCGUACAAAAAAUUCGAUCUUUCCAUACUACGAUAACAAACACACAAUUGCACGAACAAUUGGACAGAUUCUGGCGGCAGGAAGACAUCGACCAGUCAGCUAUACCAUUGAGGAAGCUCAAUGUGAGAAGCAUUUCCUAA